AUGUAAAAAUAAGAACUUAUAGUUACAAUUAGACCUGCUUAUAACCCUACCCAUUAUUUAUUCCCUGCAAAUGAUGGUUCAAGGGCUUAUAACUAAGACUUUGAUGUUAGAACUCAUGCUAGUUAAGAGCAAAGAAACCAAUUAAUCCUUACUCGUGUCAAGGAUAAUGUCUUCACAAUUAAAUCUGCUACUAAUCCUACUCACUACAUGUUUGCUUCUAAUGAUAGUCACAGAUCUGAUGGAAAAGAUUUUGAUGUCAGAACUCAUGCUUCAGAUGAAGAAAGAAAUCAAUGGAUUAUUGAAGAAUACGCCUAAGGAUUCCAUAUUAGAGUUUAUACCAAUCCUACUCACUACUUAUUCCCUGCCAACGACGGUUCUAAUGGCUUAGGAGCUGAUUUUGAUGUUAGAACUCAUCCCCACAAGGAAGAAAGAAAUCUUUGGUUUAUUGAUGGUCUUAUCUAUGCUCCUCCUACUUAAAAAACUACUCUUAGAGUUAAGGCUAAUCCUAAUCACUUCAUGUUUGCCUCAAACGAUGGUGUUAGAGGAUUAAAUAAAGAUUUUGAUGUUAGAACUCAUGCCAGCUCUGAAGAAAGAAAUUUCAUCUUAAUCCAUCAUGUCGGUCAUCACGUAUAUACUCUUGCCAGUGCUACUAAUCCUAAUCACUUUUUCUUCCCCUCUGAUGAUGGAACUAGAGCUUAUGCCCACGAUUUUGACGUCAGAACUCAUACUUAUCAAGAAGAAAGAAACAAAUGGAUUAUUGAAAGUGAUAAUCAAGGAGGCUUCUUCAUUAGAUCUUUUGUCAAACCCUAACACUACUUAUUUGCUGCUAACGAUGGUUCAAAUAGCUACGGUGGUGACUUCGAUGUCAGAACUCAUGCCAGCUAAGAAGCUAGAAACGCUUGGAUUAUUGAUGGUUUUGUUUUACAUAACUACUGA